AUGCCUGGCUCAGCCCUGCUCUGCUGCGUGCUCUUACUGGCUGGAAUGGGGGCCAGCAGAGGCCAGCACACCCGGGAUGGGAAUAACUGCACCCACUUCCCUGUCAGUCAGACCCACAUGCUCCGAGAGCUGCGAACAGCCUUCAGCCAGGUGAAGACUUUCUUUCAAAAGAAGGACCAGCUGGACAACAUACUGCUCACCGAUUCCUUACUGCAGGACUUUAAGGGUUACUUGGGUUGCCAAACCUUGUCAGAAAUGAUCCAGUUUUACCUGGUAGAGGUGAUGCCCCAGGCAGAGAACCAUGGCCCAGAAAUCAAGGAGCAUUUGAGCUCCCUGGGAGAGAAGCUGAAGACCCUCAGGAGGCAGCUGCAGCGCUGUCAUCGAUUUCUCCCCUGUGAAAACAAAAGCAAGGCUGUGGAGCAGGUGAAGAAUGAUUUUAAUAAGCUCCAAGAGAAAGGUGUCUACAAGGCCAUGAAUGAAUUUGACAUCUUCAUCAACUGCAUAGAAGCAUACAUGACCAUCAAGAUGAAAAGCUAA